AUGGGUCGUGAUAAGUUUGAUUUUGAGGGUGUGUUCAAGAUGUGGAGUAGAUGGUGGUGUGGUGGUGGAGGAUCAUUGUUUGGACAAAGGGUGUCUUUUGUUUUUAGUGGAAACCAUGGUUGUGUGGGGAAGGUUCACCCUUUUGAUCCUUUGAGGAGUUUUGAAGGGGAAUGUGAUGGAAGGAGAGGAGGGGUGGCGUUUGUGUUGAAGCAGAUGAAGAGGGGUGUGUGUUCCACAACUUCAGUUUCAUUCUCUGCUGGUGGUACCGGCUCCGAUUCAUGUGGAAAUGGAAAUGAUAAUAAUGAUGAUGAUAAUAAUAAUAAUGGGAAGGGAACAAAAGGGUCUAUGUCGUUCCGUGAGGCUAGGAAGCUUAUGAGAUUGGCGAAUGUGGAAUCCCUCAAGACGAAGCUUGGUCAGGAGGGGAAGGAGAUUAUUCCCUACUGUCAGCUUCUUGAAGAGUGUGAGAAAAUGGGUGUUGCAAGGAAUACUGAGGAGGCUACAGCAUUUGCCAAGUGUCUUGAUGAUGCGGGAGUUGUUCUCCUCUACAGAGACAAGGUCUAUCUGCAUCCUGAUAAGGUGGUGGAUAUGGUUAGAAGAGCAGUUCCACUGGAACUAACAGAUGAUGAUGGUCCAGCGAAGGAGGAGCUAAGGAAGCUGGAAGAGCAGAAGAUGGAAAUUGACAAGUUGGCACACUCGCAGGUGAGGCGAAUCCUGUGGUCUGGACUUGGAUUUGGUGUGUUCACUGUUGGACUAUUCUUCAGACUAACAUUCUGGGAAUUCUCAUGGGAUGUGAUGGAACCUAUUACAUAUUUCACCACUUCCACUGGCUUGGUUGUAGGCUAUUCCUACUUCUUGUUCACUUCUAGAGACCCCACUUACCAAGACUUCAUGAAGAGGCUCUUCUUGUCAAGGCAGAGGAUACUUCACAAGAACUUCAAUUUUGAUGUUAAAAGAUAUCACGAGCUCCAACGCAGGUUCCAAAAACCUUUGAAUGCCAAAGCUAUUUACAGAAAUCGCCAAGGGGUGGAACAGGAUUUGGAGGAUGCUUCGCGCAAAGAUUAA